CCUGAGCUGCUGUGAUUCAGCUGUUUUCUGCUGGUGUAACUUUAGUCAGACUGCAGGUCAGCUGAUCCAGCUCCUUAAAAUAACCCGGACCCCCACCCAGCCGGGUCGGCCGGGUCCAGAUCGGAUAAACAGGACACAGCGAGGAAACGGGUCUGGUGGUUCUGGAAUAAACUGGAUUUCUCUGCGAGGCUGUUGGACCUGUCAUGGCGUCUACCAGCGUCUCCCGCCCCGGUUCUGGAGGUUCUGGAGGUUCUGGAGGUUCUGCUCUGGCAUUCGAGGAAUAUUCUCUGUACGGUAACCUGACUGAUGACGAGCUGCUGCAGCUGGCCAUUGAGCGCAGCCUGACGGAGAUGCAGGGCGGCGGUGCCACACAGACCGCCGCCACACAGACCGCCCGUCUCCAGGACAACGUCCCGGAACCGACCAGCACCAGCAGAUAUCAGCGUCAAGCCCCCAGCAGCAAGAAUCCUCCUGCAGCCCAGACCAGCGCCACCUACAGCUCCCCCAACCCACCGACGGAGAAGCCGCCCGACCUGUGAGUAGCUCUGGUUCUCCUCCAGUCUGGACCCG